AUGUUGCUACUGCAGAGCGUUUCGAGCUUGAUCUUGUCCAAGUUUGAGUACUUGGUGCGAAAGGAUUCUGACCUUAUCUUUUUCCUCACGAUGAUCAUUGGACUGGGAGGCAACGCGGGUGGGCAGAGUGUUGUGUUGACCUGCCGCAAGUUGAGUCAGCACCAGCACAUCACUGUGAGGGAUCAGUUGGCCACCGGCGUUUUGAUUGGCAUCGUCUUGUCACCCUUGGCGUUCUUGCGCGGUCUCAUGUCGAAGAGUGACUUGGGGACCUGCGUCACCUUGGCUGCGGCCACGCUGAUCAUAGCCUCUGUGGCCACGUCAAUCGGCACGGCUCUGCCAAAGAUGUUGCAGAUGCUGAAAGCCGAUCCGGGCGAGGCUGCAGCCAUGAUCCAGGUCAUCAUGGACAUCGUUGGCAUGAUGGUUACCUGCUGCUUAGGGGCUCUCAUUCUGGAUGCCUUCUAG